GUUUUGAGAGUAUCUGGUAUGAGGGGAGAUAACUCUAUGCGUGUAAACAAAAGUUGAGAAGAAAAUGGCACGAUACUUCAGUCAGAGUGAUAUAGACAAGUUCAAGGAAUGCUUCUUUUAUCAUGCUCGAAAGAGUAUCAAAAAUGAAGAAAACUUGUCAAUUAUAAUGAGAUCCCUUGGGUAUAGUCCAACCAAAGAAGAAGUAUCAAAGUAUUUUACAAAAUAUGGCCCAGAUAUAGAAUUUGCAUCUUUCCUGGAAUGUAUGCAUGACCACAAAGGAAUAGAAAAUCCAGAAAAAGAAUUGAUAAAUGCCUUCAAAGCUCAUGAUACCCAGAGUAAAGGCUAUGUUAAUGCAUCUGAAGUUAGACAUAUUUUAAUGAAUCUAGGGGAAAAAUUAACUAGCCGAGAAGUUGAAGCAAUGUUAAGAGAUGCAGGAACACAACCAGGAGGACAGAUAAGAUACAAUGAAUUUGUAAAGACAUUGUUAACUCCUGUACCAGAUUAUUAAAACAUUUAUAUGAGAGUCUCAAGUAUGGCCACAUCACAAUGACUUUUAGUUCUUCAAAUUACCAUUCCACUGAAAAAUCAUGCAAAGUGACUCAUGGGUGAAGAUCAUACACAUUUUUAUCUUUGUCAAUUUAGAUGUUUUGUUCAAAAUGCAAAGUUCUUUUUAAAUAUCAUCCAUAAUAUUUAUGUGUACCCAUGUAAGAGAGAUAUAAAUAAACAUAUGAAAUGUCUAGAAAGGGUGAUAACUCAAGAAGUACAUUCCAUUGUUACAGUAAAUAUAAAGUAAAUUUUUCUUUUAGGAUCAGGCAAUAAGAAUAAAUAUCCAUGUCAUGAUGUACACCAAUAAUAUAGUAAACUAUCAAAAUGUGUAGCCUUUUUUUCAGAUAAAACACAUUUCUCAUAAAUUGCAUGACUAAAUGGAAGGCUACUUAAAAGUUUUCUACCUAUUAAAGUUUCUUAUGGAAAAUAAAAUCACCUUUAAAAAUGUAUGGAAUCUUGUCUCUCCCGUAAGACUUUUUUUUUUUAUUUUAAAGAAUCAUUUUGUUCUUUUUUUCUGAUUACAAAUGAAAUUCAAAUCAUGCAUAAUAUCUUAGCAUCGAAUCUUCUCUUACCCUAGAAUCUUAAAAAUUAUAAUUUAAAUUGAUGUGGCCAUACUUCCCCAGAAUUAUUACAAGAUUUGUAAAUUGCAAGCAUUAUUAGUACACAAAAAUAUUGUUUUUUUCAUUUAGCAUACCAUCACAUAAUAAGAAAAACUCCCAAUGUAAAAUGAAAAAAGUUCAAAGAUCAUUUAUACAGUUAACAAAGAACUUGGUUACAACUGUUUUUUGAUACACUAUAUCACAUUUUUAUUAUUGUAACAUAUCAGAUAUUGCUUGUAUAAUAAAGGCCAUAUGUAGACUGGUCUUAAAAAAGUUGUCUUUCAUUUAAUAUGGUUGUGUAAAAUUAAAAUAUGUAUAACUGUAACUAAAAUUGUUAUUUCCGUACUAAAUAAGUUUCACCAUGGCAGCAACUGAGGGAUAUUUUUUGUAAGAAAAGGUUAUCUGUUAGUCAUUCCUCAUAAGUAAUGCUUUGUAAAAUUUAAUCAAAUUCUUUAUUUUAAGAGGAUCAACAGUGGGAAUUCUUUAUUUCACCCUGCCAGGCAUGAAAUUUUAAUUGAUCAUUUCCUAUAACCCUUCAGGCUAUCCUUCUUAAAUAACCACCACAAAUAAAAUUUUAAUAGAUUUGCCUUUGGACCCCUUGACCACACUGUUAAACUUUUCUUUAAUAGAAAGCCUUUCAAUUCACAUUUCAAAAUCUAAAGGACGAUGGGUAUUUUCAACAUUCAUAUCCCCAAAAUAAAAAAAAAAACGUGACAUCAUUGGUUGAAUUUACAUUGUUAAGGACAUUUUUAACCAAUCAUAUCGUUCUGAUGUACACUUUUGAAAAUAUUACCCAGAAUGCUUAAGAUCUUGAACCAGCAAACUAUAAAGGGUGUUAAACCACACUCUAUAAAAUUAAUUAAUAAUAUGUACUUGUCAGUUGUGCUUAUUGUUAUGAUAUAUGAAUGUAUAUUUUAUAUUGAUAUAUUUCUACAAAGAAUAAAAUGUUGACAUAUAUAA